UCAGCCAUCCUACCUGUGGCAAUCACACGUUGAUUCUUCUCAACUAAUCACAAAGACAUCGGCACCCUUUAUCUAGUAUUUGGUGCUUGGGCCGGAAUAGUAGGAACCGCACUUAGCCUCCUAAUUCGGGCAGAAUUAAGCCAGCCCGGCGCUCUCCUCGGAGACGACCAGAUUUAUAAUGUAAUUGUUACAGCACAUGCUUUUGUAAUAAUUUUCUUUAUAGUAAUGCCAAUUAUGAUUGGAGGCUUUGGGAACUGACUAGUACCCCUUAUGAUUGGUGCACCAGACAUAGCCUUUCCUCGAAUAAAUAACAUGAGCUUCUGACUCCUUCCCCCCUCAUUUCUACUUCUCCUCGCCUCCUCUGGAGUUGAAGCAGGGGCCGGUACAGGUUGAACUGUAUACCCUCCCCUUUCAGGCAAUCUUGCCCACGCAGGACCUUCUGUUGACUUAACUAUCUUCUCCCUUCACCUAGCCGGGGUGUCCUCUAUUCUUGGUGCAAUUAAUUUUAUUACAACAAUUAUUAAUAUGAAACCCCCUGCCAUUUCUCAGUAUCAAACACCUCUCUUUGUGUGGUCUGUCCUAAUUACUGCCGUAUUGCUUCUACUAUCCCUUCCCGUCCUUGCCGCCGGCAUCACAAUACUUCUUACAGACCGAAACCUCAACACAACCUUCUUUGACCCUGCCGGAGGCGGAGACCCCAUCCUUUAUCAACAUCUGUUCUGAUUCUUUGGUCACCCAGAAGUUUAUAUUCUAAUUCUUCCCGGAUUUGGUAUAAUCUCACAUAUUGUUGCGUAUUAUGCAGGCAAAAAAGAACCCUUCGGAUAUAUGGGCAUGGUCUGAGCCAUAAUGGCCAUCGGCCUCCUAGGGUUCAUUGUGUGAGCCCACCACAUAUUUACCGUAGGAAUGGACGUAGACACACGAGCCUACUUUACUUCCGCCACAAUAAUUAUUGCUAUCCCAACCGGAGUAAAAGUCUUCAGCUGACUAGCCACUCUGCACGGCGGUUCAAUUAAAUGAGAAACCCCCCUCUUAUGAGCACUAGGCUUCAUUUUCCUGUUUACGGUAGGGGGCCUGACCGGAAUCGUCCUAGCCAACUCAUCCCUAGACAUUAUGCUUCACGACACAUACUAUGUUGUUGCCCAUUUCCACUAUGUCCUCUCAAUAGGAGCCGUAUUCGCCAUCGUUGCUGGCUUCGUCCACUGAUUCCCCCUAUUCUCAGGGUACACACUGCACGACACCUGAACUAAAAUUCACUUUGGGGUUAUAUUUGCUGGUGUCAACCUUACUUUCUUCCCACAACACUUCCUGGGCCUAGCUGGCAUGCCUCGCCGAUACUCCGACUACCCCGACGCCUACGCUCUUUGAAACUCGGUCUCUUCAAUUGGCUCAAUAAUCUCCCUAAUUGCAGUAAUUAUGUUUCUGUUUAUUAUUUGAGAAGCAUUCGCCGCUAAACGGGAAGUAUUGUCAGUGGAACUCACAGCAACAAACGUAGAAUGACUUCACGGCUGCCCUCCUCCUUACCACACCUUCGAAGAGCCGGCCUUUGUUCAAGUUCAGCAGGCUUGAUUAGACUACAAAAAACCUGCUGCCACCCCCUCAAACCCUCACUAACGAGAAAGGGAGGAAUUGAACCCCCAUAAACUGGUUUCAAGCCAGUCACAUAACCACUCUGUCACUUUCUUCAUAA